CUGGCGCUGCCGCUUCCUGUGUGGAAGCGCCCUUCUCCUUUCUCGCAGGCCUGGCCACUGCCGCGCGGGGCUCUGAGGCUCGGGGCGCUCUUCAAACGGCGCGGGGACUUUGCAGAACUCCGCGCGCUUCUCUGCAGCUGCCUAGUUGUGCCCUCGCGGAUCAGACAGCCACCAAAGAAGAGGAGCCAGUUGGCGUUCUGAAAGCACUGUUUGAUCAAUGCAAGAAAAGACAAGAGGCGUUUUUUCCAGGAAAGGAGAGGCUCAUCAAGAGCGGUCUUAAACCUACAACCAAAGAAGCCAGCCUCUUCCCUCGGCCUCACAGCUGCUCCUCGAGUUCAUGACAUGCUUUUCCUGGGGGGUGUUCCCCCACCAAAGCAUUUGGUGAGAUGGCAGAGAAUCUUGGGGCCCAACCAAGUUUUGAGCAGCUCUCUGGCCUCUUGGCCAACAUCCCGCAAGACAAGUUGAUUCUCCUGAAACACAAACUGAACUGUGUGAGGAAAGAUACUAGGAGCUGCAAACUCCUGCAAGCAAUGAUCCUGUUGACCUUGAGACGAGAGGCAGAGGCCAGGGAGAUCCUGGACACUUUGGGGGAUGAUGCAGCAGCGGCCCAUAUCUGCAGACGUCACUGGGGCAGCCCGCAGGGAAGCGCUGUUCAUCCACCAACACAAGAGGCUCCAGUGGCUCAGGUGGUGGCUCAAAUUUAUUCACUGCUAGCAGAAGAAAAUCUGUGUUGUCCCCAGACCAGAGAUGAAGCCUAUCGAGCAGCCAUUGAGGCUUUUCGUAGCAACAAUGGGGUCCAGAGCUCCAAGCUCAGUGCCCUCCUGGCUGAAGCACGAGAUAAGUGUGGCCUCAGUUUCACUACAGAGGUGGCUAGUGGUGGAUUUAACACUCUGAAAUCUGGUCUGAGGAGCAUCCCAGUUCCAAUUAAUGGUUCGCUGGUGCCGUUGGGUCAGCCCCUGCGUUCCACCGGUUCACCUGCUUCCUUUGUGAGCCACUUUGAGAUCAGCCAGUCGCCCACCGUGCCCUAUAUCAGUGGCCCACCUCGCCACUGUGGCGCCCAUGAAGUCAGCAGGCUUUGCGAGAGGGCCCCCAGUUCUUUGGCACAACCUAGUGAAGGCAGCACUAGGCAGGUGUCAGCAUCUGAGAGCCCAGGGGCACAAGAACAGCCCAAAAGCCGUAGCAUAGAUGACUUCCAAGGGAGCUGCUUGGAUCCAUCAGUGUCCUCUCGCAAGGCAGAUGCAUCAUCUUUGGAGGAGAGUGUUCGGAGCCCCGUGGAAUGUACUGAACCCUCAACUAUAAUGCCAGCGACAGUGCAGGAUCUCAAGGAAAGCACUCCCUCAAAUGUGAAGAGUACAUGCACACUGCAAGCUGACCCGGCUAUCAAAGGCUGUAUUCAAAGUUCUGUAGAGGACUGUUCUCCAUGUCAAAGCUCUGCUCCUGAAGCCGCAUCUUCUUCAACAGAUGUCCCUCCUGCAACAGCGGCCUCCUCCUCCAUGGACACAUCAGGGGAUGAAAACCAGUUCUUCAUGUUCGUUGUUGUGCAUGCAAAUGAAGAUGAGAGGAUCGCCUGCCGGGUAAGGGAGCGUCUGGAAAACAUGGGGGUCCCUAAUGGAGCCACCUUCUGUGAGGACUUCCUGGUCCCUGGACAUAACCAACUGACUUGCUUCCAGGAUGCGCUGGACAACUCGGCCUUCGUGCUUCUGCUCCUGACAGAGAACUUCCGGAGCCAGCUCUGCGCCUUCCAGACAAACAUGGCUUUGAUUAAUUCUUUCACCAACAUUGUCAAAAACAACUCGGUCAUCCCUUUUAUACCCAAAGAAAGCCCCUUAAAGAAAGGGGAGAUGCCAGGCAUGCUGAUGGGGCUUGCGGACCUGAAUGAGAAUGAGUGUGUUUUUGAAAAAAGGGUGAAGAGAACUUUCAGGCUUUCUGAAUUUAAAAAGAAGAAGUUUGUCUGGAGCAUGAAUCAGCAGAUACGGCAUCAAGAACUACUGCGUGAGGAACGUCGAGAUUAUUGGCAGAUUCAGCAGCGCCUCUUGGCCCUCAGCCUGCAGCCCGGCUACCCAGCCCAGAUGCCUUUUCCAGCAACACAAAUGAACUUUCAAGGCGUGCACCAAGUCCCACCCGGGCACACUCCACCCCCAUUUUCUUUCCCCACAUCUGCCGUGCCUGGGAUGUUCCAGCCUCCACCUGGGCCUGAUCCAGCUGCUCCUUUCCAGCCCUUCACUGUUCCUCUCCCAGCCCCACAGGGACCUCAGUCCCACCUGAUCAUUCAGCAUGCCCAGAUGGUUCAGAUUGGGGAUUGCAACCAGAUGCAGGUGGAAAGGACCAACGCGGCACUAGGCGUGACUGAAGAUCGGGCCCAGGAGGGCCAGGGAGUGGAAGCGGAGGCAAGGGACAGACAUGGGGACUGAAAAUAAAACAGAUGGUUCUGAAGGAA